GAAUCUAUACCAAAUAAAUUUGUCAGUGAUUUUCAAAUUCUUGGUUAUUUGAAAAAUGAAAAAACUUUUAUUAAUAAUGGUCUUAAUUGUAUUUUCUAACUGUGUGGAAAAAGAAGAUGCACCAAGCUGUGAUGUAAAUGGUUUAAAAAUUCCAGAUGGCGAAAAUUCACCUGCACCGAUUGGCGAAUGUGCGAUAUAUUCAUGCCAAGUUCAAAAUAAGCAGCAGUCAAUUCAAGCACUGACAUGCCCUGAAUUUGGCUACGAUCCUAGCAAGUGUUUUAAAAUACCAAUGAAUUUAUCUCUGCAGUAUCCUGACUGUUGCCCACAGGUCAAAUGUAAUAACAAAUAAUAAAAUAAUGUUAUAACGAGUAAAA